AUGACAACAUCACUCCACUCUCUCGUCCCCUGGACCGCUAAGCCUCUGAUCAUCAACGCGCCCAUGGGCGGCUUUGCAGGCGGUUCAAUUGCCGCCGCCGUCACAUCAGCAGGAGGUCUGGGCUUUAUAGGCGCGGUGUACGAUAUGGCUGACUUAGAUCGCGAACUUUCAAAAGCUGCCUCAGCCCUGUCUGCGUCACCUACCUUCGAGAACUCGAGGACCAAAGAGGGACUUUUGCCUGUUGGAGUCGGCUUUCUGCCUUUCGCAGUAAAGGUGGAAGAUGCGCUUCCCGUGAUUGCAAAGUGGAAGCCUCAUAGCGUAUGGCUCUUCGCGGCGCAGGAGCAUGCCGAUUACGCUACGUGGGCCGAGCAGAUCAGAGCAACUACGGGAGGGAAGACUUUGCUUUGGAUCCAGACGGGUUCUGUUUCCGCUGGUGUGGAAAUCGCCAGGCUCGCCCACCCAGACGUGCUCGUCCUCCAAGGCUCGGACGCGGGCGGCCAUGGUUUCGAAAAGGGCGCAGGCGUUAUCAGCCUCCUUCCCGAAGCUGCAGACGCGCUUGCCGAUGCCGGAUUCGGGGACAUACCGCUCGUAGCCGCAGGUGGGAUUGCAGACGCGCGGGGCGUAGCUGCGGCACUGGCACUUGGCGCGCAGGGCGUGGUGAUGGGUACAAGGUUCCUUGCGUCAAAGGAAGUGAUGAUGCCGCAUCCACUUUACCAGGAGGCGAUAUUGGAGACGCUGGAUGGUGGGCAGAGCACCGUACGGACGAAACUGUUUGAUACUCUCAGGGGACCGAAUAUAUGGCCUGAGGCGUAUGAUGGAAGGGGUGUGGUUAGCCAGACAUGGCGAGAUCAUACGAAUGGUAUGAGCUUGGAGGAGAUCAGAAAGCUGCAUAAAGAGGCGGAAGAAAGGGAGGAUAAGGGAUAUGGUUCAAACGGACGGGUGACAAUGUGGGCGGGGACAGGAGUUGGGUUAGUUAGAGAAGUGAAAGGGGCUGGGGAGAUCGCUGCAGGAGUUAGGGAGGAGGCAAGGAGAGUAGUAGAAGGUUUGACAAUGGGGAUCUAA